AACUCGUUGCGUUUAGUCGUCAAAGAGGAAGGAUCAGAGCUGGGCGGAAGAUAGAUCCAGUGAAUCAGUGAUCGAUCGAUUGCGAAUUCUUCGAUCUUCGCGAGAAAUAAAAAAAAAAAAAGGAAAAAAGCAAUACUCGUAUUAUCGUCGUAUUUCAAAGACCUUUUAACAUACAUCGUCAUGAAUCUAUCGAUAAUUAUUCUCGUCAUUGGCUGCGUUUUUUUCACCCCCAAUCCGGUGUCAUGUCAACACGGACCUGGCGGAGGAUUCGGUAGAGGAUUCGGUGGAGGAUUUGGUCGAGGAUUUGGUCGAGCCGGAGGAUUUGGAAGACCAGGUUUUGGAAGAGGCGGAAGAUUCGUUGGACCAGGAUUCGGAAUUGGAGGCGGGGUCGGAUUUUUGGGUCUUGGACUUUACGGAGCAUAUCCUCCGUACUGCUACUAUAAUCCGUAUUAUUGUUACUACUAAACCAGAUGUUUGUACCGCAUGAUGAACGAUAAAUUAUCCUAACGAUUCCAAAGCGAAUUUUUCGGAACCU